AUGCAGCUAAAGUUUCUUUACGUUGCCUCAUUAAUUGCCUUGCUUUUUGUGGCUGUUGUAGUCAGUGACGAUGAUGAUGAUGACGAAUCUUCAGAUCAACAAUUUGAGGACUCGGAGGACCAAAAAAUUAACAUUGAGACGAUUUCUCCACCCCCAGAGGACUGUCAGAGAAAAUCUAAGCGCUAUGAUCGCCUGUCCAUGCAUUACACUGGUACACUGACUGCAACAGGGGCAAAGUUCGAUUCCAGCCAUGACCGGGGUCAGCCAUUUGUGUUCCAGCUGGGGGCUGGCCAAGUCAUCAAGGGAUGGGAUGAGGGAUUGUUGGACAUGUGUGUGGGCGAGAAGAGAAAGCUCAUUAUCCCAGCCAGUAAGGGUUAUGGAGAAGCUGGAGCAGGAGAUUUGAUUCCACCAAACUCCGGGCUGACAUUUGAAGUAGAGCUAGUCAGUAUUGAAGAGGCUGAGGCUCCAGUUAAUAUUUUCGAUGAUAUUGAUGCAGACAAAGACAAGAUGCUUUCAACUGAUGAGGUGUCAGCUUUUAUAAAAAGACAGGCUGCCAAAGUUGGCAAAUCGUCCGAGGAUGACAGCCAACAUGAGGAAAUCAUUUCCCAGAUUUUCAACCAUGAAGACAAGGAUAAAGAUGGUUUUAUCUCACAUGAAGAAUUCAGUGGCCCCAAGCAUGACGAGCUAUAA